GCAAAACAUUUACAUGUUACAACAUCGGGUGAGGUGACUCAUUAGUGUCGAGUUGUCUGGAACUUUUGUCGAAACUACUGCGGGGAGAUUCCCUGAUUGGAAUUUAAGAUCUCAAGGAUCUGACGUCACAUGACGUGUUUUUGAGAAAUUCUUUUCGUUUUUUUGUUGCGCUAACAUGGCAGGUAACUCACUACAAAACGGCAUGGAUGAACAACUUCUAAGUUUUGAGAAAUUGGAUCGUUCGUCACCCGAUCUGUGGCCGGAACAAUUAUCUGUAACGGACUUUUUAUCCGGGUUAAAAAGUCCCGCUUCCCCCGCUGUGAAGUGGGGGGGACAACUGGAUGACGACAUAGAUAUGCUACAAGAGUUUGGGAACCUAACAACAACCAAUCUCAUGGAAAAAGUUCGGGAAUUACAAAAUUUGGCGUACCAACUUGGAUUAGAUGAGUCACGUGAGAUGACCCGGGGAAAACUUUUAAAUAUUUUGGACAAACCAAAAACAAACCAACGAUAAAAUAUUUCCCUGGUUUUGUUGUAAUGUAAUACUUCCCUGUGUUACAACACGUGUUGAAAUGUGGUACAUGUUCAAUCAAUGAGGGUAUUUUAGUGAUUUCAUUUGUGAGGUUUUUAUUUUCUAUGUAAACCUGUUCAUUACACAACAUUUAUUGCGAAUUCAAGCAGAAAAUGUAUUUAUUAAAAAAAUAGAUUGAAUUGUAAAAGAAUAUUUUAUGUGAAAAUAUAUAAAUCUAUCAAACGCUUUACAUUCAUUGUUAAAUAUUGUUGGUUAAACAAGUAUUUUUUUAUUUUGAAGAA